CUAAGGUUGCGUGUGAGCUAGUCCGGCAGCAGCAGAGUAGAGAAGUCAGCACGGAGACUGGAGUGCGUUUUGUGCACUGAAUUUCAGCCUUUUAACAGGGCUUGAAUAGGAAUUUAGGAAGUAUGGUUGCUUUUGAUGAGAUACAAAACCUUUUGCCCACUAAAAGGACUAUUACCGUGGUAGAUGUUCAGUCGCAGAUCUUCCCCGCAAAAGAAUUGGAGUAACUGCAGCAAGCUAUCUGAACUGUCACAAAGGCUAUUGAUCACAGGAUAAAGGUAGUGCUGCAAGAUUGAGAGGAGCAGAGCCAGAGAACUUGCAGAAUGAGAGAAAUGGACAGGAAGCCCAAAAGAUGCAGGAACAUUUCUAAAACAUCGAGGAAGAAAAAUGAAUAAAAACAGAAAUACUGAAGAUGAGGCUCUGGACGUCAGGAAUUGUGGGGACAGUUCAGUGUCCAUUUUCAUCAAAGGAGCCAAGCAACAAGCGGGUUCGACCCUUGUCACGCGUAACAUCUCUGGCAAAUUUAAUAUCACCCUCAAAAAAUGGCGCAGUCAGACGCUUUGGUCAAACGUUACAGAGAUCCAUCACAUUCCGUAGUGACAACAAAUCUCCAAGUUGCUCACAAAAGCUGUGCAGCAAAACUUCAGCCCCAACUCCACCUAAAAGGCGCAACAGCAAAUUGUGGUCCGAGACUCUUGAUAUGAGCACGAAGCAGAACUUUUCUUCGAAGGAAAUUAAACGACAAGAGGCUAUAUUUGAGCUGUUUCGAGGGGAGCAAGAUUUAAUUGAAGACCUAAAAUUAGCAAGAAAGGCUUAUCAUGACCCUAUGCUGAAGUUGUCCAUCAUGACAGAAGAGGAGCUGACGCAGAUAUUUGGAGCUCUCGAUUCUUACAUCCCCCUGCACGAAGAUCUGCUGACCAAGCUUGCAAAAGCUACAAAACAAGAUGGAACAGUGGAACAAAUUGGUCAAAUUCUGGUUAGCUGGUUACCACGGCUUGAUGAAUAUAAGGAAUACUGCAGUAACCAGCUGGCAGCAAAAGCACUCUUGGAUCAAAAGAAACAAGACAAGAGAGUGCAGGAUUUCCUUCAGCGCUGCCUCGAGUCACCCUUCAGCAGGAAACUGGACCUUUGGAGUUUCCUGGAUAUUCCUCGCAGCCGGUUGGUCAAGUACCCCCUACUGUUAAAGGAGAUCUUGCGACAUACGCCAACUGAUCACUUGGACCAGAAGAGUCUAGAAGAUGCAAUCACCAUUAUUCAAGGAGUCCUAUCAGACAUCAAUGUGAAAAAAGGAGAAUCUGACUGUCAGUACUACAUUGACAAGCUGGACUAUCUGGACGAGAGACAGAAGGAUGCUCUGAUUGAAAGCAGCAGAGUGUUGCUUUGCCACGGAGAGCUGCGAAACAACCGGGGCACAAAGCUGUACGUCUUCUUGUUCCAAGAAAUCCUGGUUCUGACUCGCCCCGUGUCCCGUAAUGACCGCCAGUGUUACCAAGUGUACCGUCAGCCAAUCCCAGUUAAAGAUCUUCUACUGGAAGAUCUUCAGGACGGUGAUACAAAAAUGGGAGGUUCCUUCAGAGGAGCCUUCAGCAAUGCUGACAAAGCUAAAAACAUCUUCAAAGUUCGUUUCCGGCAUACAAUGCAAGGGCAGUCAUCACACACACUCCAGGCCAAUGAUAUUUACAACAAACAGCAGUGGAUGAAUUGCCUACGAAAUGCUAUGUCCCCCUACCAGACGUCACCUUGUCUGACAGACCACAAAGAGCUCUUUGAGUUGAAUGAAGAAGCCGAGCAAAGCUCAUCCCAGCCAGCAGAGCUCACACAGGAAGGACAGUCACCCAUCCUCUCGGAAGGUGCAGAAAUGACAGAUAGUCAGUCAGAAACAGGCUCCAACAUGGACACAAGUGAAUCCGAAGCAAGCAGCCUGAGAACCAGCAUAGAGAGUGAAGAAAUAGAAGAGCAGUGUGAUUUCUUAUCAAAACAAAGCAUGGAAACAGUCAAGCAACAAGAACAAAUGACAAAGAGAUCAGAAACGUUAGUGUGAGCACUCAUGUUUCUGGCUCAGGAAAAGAACUCUAUUUAUAUGUCUGUACAGUGUUUGUACUGUGGUGUAGCAGCAGGAUUAAACUGCUAAUCUCUUGUUUAUAUAUAUAUAUAUAUUUUUCAUAUAUAUAUAUAUAUGUGUGUGUGUGUUUUAUGGCAGCUAUUAAAUGCAAUCAGCUUUGCUGAACUAUUCUGGUUCUUCUACACAGUGACUGUAAUCCAGUAGUGUUUUUAAAUUACUGGGUUAUUCCCUGCAGCAGAGUUGGGUUUAAAAGCCUCAUUUGCUACAGUUUUGUCAAUGGCAUUUACUGUCUUACCAAUAUUUUUGUACUAUACAUUCCCAUAUGCUAUCCAUAUGCAGACUUCAAGUUUUAUUAUUUGUGUAGUUUAUAACUUUUUUAAUUAACCAGGGAAAAUGAGAUCCAAAGUAAUACUUAGAGGAAAAACUACUUAGCAAUUCAGACAUAAGUACUUUUUGAUUUUAUGCAUUUUUUUGAUCAGCAAAAAUUUUGUCAAGUCAAUUUCUAGGUGUCAUGUAAUUCAGUCUUUGAGCCAUUCCUAUGAUUGUUUUGACCAUUCACCUGCUGUAUGAUCUUGCACAAGAUUUUUGUUAAUGUAAGUGUGUACAAAGUGUUUUGUGCUUCUGACUACUGAGAGAAUUUCUAAGAAAAUAGGUUUUGAUGGAUAAAAGAAAGUUGCAGAAAGGUAGAGAAGAAUGAGGAUUUAAUGGAAUUGAAGAAGAAAGCUGGUGAGCAAGAAGUAAUUGGCAAUCAGCCAUGAGGUAACUGUUUGAGAUGGUGCACAAGUGGCUGUAAGUUUGAACAGCCGCUAGCGUUAUAAUGUGGAAAAAAUGUCACAGCGUAAAAUGGCACAAGUAUGUUUUGUGAAAGUGAGUGCUGAAGAGGGGGUCUGGUACGUAGUGGUAAUUGUAUAUAAAAUACACAUGGAAAAGUGGUAAAUGUGAAAGAAGUAUUGUAGUUGGGAAUUUCUCUGAUGUAAAAAUUUAGCCUCAAAUACCCAAUAAAACUGGAAAAUUGUAA